AUGGGAGGCAGCUGGGUCGAUGAGCUCCCCAGCGUACUGUGGGCGUUUCGUACAACUCCUAAGGAAGGGAUCGAGGCAACUCCUUUCCAUCUGGUGUAUGGCAGCGAAGUGGUCGUCCCCGUCGAGGUCAGCGUUGAAUCUGAUCGGAUACAACACUACAGUGAGGGCAAUGCCGAACAGAGGCUCUUGGAGCUGGACUUGGUGGAUGAGGUGCGCGUUAAAGCGGCAGUGUGCCUGAAGGCCUACCGGAAAAGGAUGAGGCAAAGUUACAACCAAAGGGUGAUCCCAAGGUCAUUUCAAGUUGGCGACUUGGUGUGGAAGAAAGUAAAGUCGGUCGGCGACGUCUCAAAGCUGGAAGCCCCCCUGAGGCAGGCCAUUUAA